GCAUGUCGCAACGAUGAAUAUCCGCCUGCCUCUUUCCCCCUAAAUUCUCAUUUAUCUUCACAUCCGCUGAUUUGUUAUCAUCGCAUUAUCUCCUCCAAAUCCACUUCUCACUGCAGCUCAAAUAAUGCCCCCAAGUCACUUCGAUCAGCCGGAGAAGUUGGAGUCUGUACCUUUGCUCACAAAAAGGCCCGAAGUCAGUGAGGUUACACACUCACAAAAACGCCAGCAGAACCCUCUGGAGUCGGAAUUAUCGCAUCGCCUAUAUUUCGAAGAUAAUGAUGACUUCUUCCCCCCCAGCUGGCUAGGGCAGAAGCCCCCCGCCCAAGGCCGAAGUCGUCCGCCGACCCCAGAAACCGAAACCACAGCGCGAUCCCACUAGACGCUGGACGGGGUCAUCAGCAUGAUCUGGCUUGGACGAAACUAUGGCGCUUUUUGGAGUUUCUACUGCAUUUAUUUGUCUGGGCUGGUCAAAUCUUCUGCUCAGUGCUAUACUGGGGCCAUCGGAUUGUCAAAUUUACCAUAUUUCACCCCCGCCCCCGGGCCUUGAUGAGAUGCUCUUCUUUGUAAGCAGGCACGGUUGGAAUGAAG